GAAGAAUUUAUCGAAGUGCAGCUUCUAGGAAGUGCGGGUGGGUUAAGGAGAAAGUCAGUCCACAGGUCCUGGCUCCAAGAGCAAGACACAUCAAGUGAAGAGAGGAGGAGACUCCAGGACCCAGAUAUCAUCAUUUGUGGGGACAUCCUUGACUGGAGGAUUAACUAGAAAUUAAUGACUAACUAGAAAUUUAGAGCAGUUCAAGAAGAGACUAAAGACACGGUAUCCUAAUUACUGGCUACUUCCCAUAAGAGAAGAAAAUGAUCAAGGCCCAGGAAUCACUGACACUGGAGGAUGUGGCUGUGGAGUUCACCAGGGAGGAGUGGCAGCUCCUGGACCCUGCUCAGAAGGACCUGUACUGGGAUGUGAUGUUGGAGAACUACAGCAACCUGGUGUCAGUGGGGUAUCAAGCCAGCAAGCCAGAUGCACUCACCAGGUUGCAACGAGGAGAAGCAUGGACAAUAGAAGAUGAAAUCCAUAGUCAAAUCUAUCUAGAAAUCAUGAACGUUGAUGGUCAUCUACAGAUACACUCACAAAACCAAAGAUGUCUGAAGAGAGUGGAACAAUGCCAUGAACAUAAUGCAUUUGGAAGCAUCAUUCAUCAGAGGAAAAGUAAUUUUCCUUUCAGGAAAAAUCAUGAUAUAUUUGACUCACAUGAGAAAACACUGAAAUCAAAUUUAAGUUUACUCAAACAGAACAGAACCUAUGAAGUCAAUAAUCCUAUUGAGGUUAACAGAGAUGGGAGUUCACUCCUCCAUGCCAAGCAUGAACAAUUUCAUGCCAAAAUGGAAUUCCCUGAACGUAGAAAUUCUAUGAAUACAGAUUCACAAUUCAUUAAGCAUCACAUAACUCAAAAGGUAGAUAAACCCCAUGUAUGCACCGAAUGUGGGAAGACCUUUCUCAAGAAGUCUCGGCUCAUUGACCACCAGAGAGUUCAUACAGGAGAGAAACCUCAUGGAUGCAGUAUAUGUGGCAAAGCCUUCUCCAGAAAGUCCAGGCUCACUGAGCAUCAGAAAACUCAUGUAGGAGAAAAACAGUAUGAAUGCACUGAAUGUGACAAAGCAUUCCGCUGGAAAUCACAGCUCAUUGCACAUCAGAAAAUUCAUACAGGAGAGAAACCCUAUGUAUGCAGUGAUUGUGGAAAAGGCUUCAUCAAGAGGUCUCGGCUCAUUAAUCAUCAGAGAGUUCAUACAGGAGAGAAACCACAUGGAUGCAGUCUGUGUGAGAAAGCAUUCUCCAGAAAGUCCAGGCUCAUUGAACAUCAGAGAACUCAUACAGGAGAGAAACCCUAUGAAUGCACUGAAUGUGACAAAGCAUUCCGCUGGAAAUCACAGCUCAAUGCACAUCAGAAAACUCAUACAGGAGAGAAAUCAUAUAUAUGUAGUGAUUGUGGAAAAGGCUUUAUUCAGAAAGGCAAUCUCAUUGUACAUCAGCGUACUCAUACUGGAGAGAAGCCUUAUAUAUGCAAUGAAUGUGGAAAAGGUUUCAUUCAGAAGGGCAAUCUCCUUAUACAUCAACGUACUCAUACUGGAGAGAAACCCUAUGUAUGCAGUGAAUGUGGGAAAGGCUUCAGCCAGAAGACAUGCUUAAUAUCACAUCAGCGAUUUCACACAGGAAAGACUCCCUUUGUAUGUACUGAGUGUGGAAAAUCCUGCUCACACAAGUCAGGUCUCAUUAAUCAUCAGAGAAUUCACACAGGAGAGAAACCCUAUAAGUGCAGUGACUGUGGGAAAGCUUUCAGAGAUAAGUCAUGCCUUAAUAGACAUCGGAGAACUCACACAGGAGAAAGACCCUAUGGAUGCUCUGAUUGUGGGAAAGCUUUCUCCCACUUGUCAUGCCUUGUUUAUCAUAAGGGAAUGCUGCAUGCAAGGGAGAAACGUGUAGGUUCAGUUAAGUUGGAAAAUCCUUUCUCAAAGAGACAAAGGUCAUCACAUGAUAGUGAUCUCACACAGGAGAAAAAUCCUGUUGACAUGGUGACUAUGCAGAUGCCUUCUGUGGUAGCUCAGGCUUCAUUAAACAACAAUGAAUUACAAGCAGAUAGGAAUGUAGCUAUUGUGGGACAGCCAGUGGCCAGAUGUUCAUCCUCAGCAUAUAAUAGAAUUUGCACAGAAGAGAAACGUUAUUAGUACAGUGAAUGUGGUAGUGCUUUCAGUGAUCAAUUACGUCAUAUUUUAUGACACAGGAAUAAACUGUGAUACAUUCAAGGUGGAAAACCCUUGAGUAAAACUUUCUACGUGAUUAUGUGGGUGACAAGUGUAUACUGAGAGAAAAGUAGUAUGAAUACAGAGACUGGGAAAGUCUUUUUAUGGAGUAGACAGACCCUAUCCAGUGAUAAUAGAUCACAGUUCUUCAAUGAACUCAUACUUGGUAGAAAUAAAAUAAUCAUGGAGAAGUCCUUGGCCAAAUAAGACCUCAGUAGGUGUCAGAGACUUCAUGCAGGAGAGAAACUGUUGGAAGACAUUCAAAGGCAGGGAAUGUGGCAGGGUUGCUGAUGGUACAUUCUCCCUCAUCAAUUGUCAGAAGUCAUAUUGAAAUAAAACUAUGAACAUAAUAACUGGAACAUUUUCAGCAAAAUAUCAGUGAAUAUGAAGCAAAUAAGCCCUGUGAGAGUGAAGAAUAUUUUAGAGGUCUUUAUCACAAGUCUGACAUCAUUAUACAUCAGAUAAUAUAUAUGAUAUGCAUUUUAGGACAAUAUACUUUGAAUCAAACUCCUAGUUGUUAUGUCAGUGACUUCUUAUUUAGAAGAAAGUGAGUGGUGUUGCACAUCACUGGCUAAAGUUACAACACAAUGCAACUUCCCCCUUUUAAUCAGCCUUCUUUUCCCACUCAAGAUCACUAUGAUUAGCUCUUGCAUAUCUUUGGUUCUAAAUUUCUUGUUAUUUCAGACUACUGAAGUUCUUCAAAAGGAAACUGAAUAUACUUAAUUCAAUAAUGUAACAUAGCAUGUUUGGAUGUGUUUAGCUUUAUGAAUACCACCCCAGGAGAAUGAAAUUAAAAAAUAAUAAAUAACCAAUCAGCCAGGUUCUUACCCUAGAAGGUAGUUCUCAUCCUAACCCUGUGAUUUGUCUGUUGUUGGUAUACACACCACUCAGAAAAUUUUUUUAUCAAAUAUUUCCUUCACUUGUUGCUGUUGUAGGAAUUGUAGAUGAUGGCAGUGAUGGACAAACCAAAAGCCCUUGCUGUUUUGAGCCAGCAUUUUUUUUUUAUGGUGGAUUAUAUGCAUGUAGCAAUUUUAUCUUCUAGCAAAUGUAGUCAAAGGAUGUAUAUACCUACAUUAGUUGAAAAGGACAUACAGGAUAAGGAUCAAAUCAUCCUGAAUUUUUUAUUAAAGGGGCAUAUUAUUAUUUGGAGUGGUAGGGGGAGAACUCACUUAAGUUUACUUACAUAAAACAAGGUAUGAAUACUUUUUUUACAGUUCAUAUCUCUGUACCUAGAUUAUAAAUUCCUUGAUAGUUUGAAGAUAAUUGUAUAUUGCCCAUCACAUAGCAAAAUAGAAAUUAAUUAUAUGUAGAUUUGGAACAUGAAUGAAGAUGAUGAGUUAUAUUAUAAACCAAUAAAUCAAAAUUAUUUUUGUCAUUAAAGGAAAGAAACUACUGGAAAGAAA